CGGUCUCUCAGGGCAUAUGCCAGGCCUAAGAUGCAGAUUGAGUGCGUGUCUGCGGUAGAUGGGCCGCCUCUGUGUCUUUGUAUAUAUGUGUAAGAAAAAAAAAUACUCUUGAUUUAGUUCAGAACUUUAAUAUAUUUAAGUGUGCUGAGGACACACAAAAUUUAAUAUUUUCAUCCAAUGGAAUCUGUUUUCAUAAGGCACCCAGUAUGAUGCCUUUCUGGACCUUUCUGGUUUUCUUCUGGACUGUUACUGAACUCCGAGUAGAGAACUGGGGAGACUGAUAGCGGCGAAUAUAGGAUGGGUUGUGCUUGUAGUGACCAGAAACAUCGCAAAGACUCUAAAGGGCAUGAACAUCAUAAUUCAUCAAACUCUAACAAAUUUCAUUUGUCAAGAGAUCACAGGAAGCAGAACAACAAUAUAGAUGAAGACAUUGUUGUUGCCCAACAUGACUUCCAGCCUGCUAGUGAUAGUGAUCUUCAGUUCAAAAAAGGCGACAGACUCAAGAUUAUUCAAGAGACUGGUGAAUGGUGGUUGGCCAAGUCCUUGGUCACUGGUUAUGAGGGAUAUAUUCCGUCUACAUAUGUGGCAAGAGCACACACACUGGAGGUGGAGAGAUGGUUUUUCAAGGACAUGAGUCGCAAAGACACAGAGCGUCUUCUGCUGGCACCAGGAAACAAACCUGGAGCAUUUCUUGUGAGAGAAAGUGAAACAACCAAAGGUGCUUUCUCUCUGUCUGUAAGAGACUCCACCCCAGAGCAUGGCGAUGUAGUCAAGCAUUAUAAGAUCCGAGCCCUUGAUAACGGUGGUUACUACAUCUCUCCCUCCACAACCUUUUCUUCUCUUCAAGAACUAGUAAAGUAUUACUCCAGGACAGCGGAUGGUUUAUGCCAGAGGCUUGGAAGUCCCUGUCAAACUGCUGCCCCUCAGAGACCCUGGGCUCAAGAUGAGUGGGAGAUUCCUAGAGAGACUCUGAAAAUGGUGAAAAAACUUGGUGCCGGCCAGUUUGGAGAAGUGUGGAUGGGGUUCUACAAAAACUCCCAGAAAGUCGCCAUCAAGACUUUGAAGGAAGGCACCAUGGAGCCAGAGGGAUUCCUACAGGAGGCUAAUCUGAUGAAGCAGCUCCAGCAUGAGAGACUGGUGAAACUGCACGCUGUAGUCACCAAAGAACCCAUAUAUAUCGUCACAGAAUACAUGGCUAAUGGAAGCUUGUUAGAUUUUCUGAAGACGGAUGAUGGCCAUAAAUUAAAGCUUCCCAAGCUGAUUGAUAUGGCUGCUCAAAUUGCAGAGGGAAUGGCUUUCAUAGAAAGGAAAAACUAUAUCCACAGAGACCUGCGUGCCGCUAAUAUUCUAGUCUCUGACAGCCUGCACUGUAAAAUAGCAGACUUUGGCCUUGCCAGGAUCAUAGAAACUGAAUACACUGCACAAGAAGGUGCAAAGUUCCCUAUUAAAUGGACGGCCCCUGAGGCCAUCAACUUUGGUACUUUCACCAUCAAGUCAGACGUGUGGUCCUUUGGAGUUCUUUUGACAGAGAUUGUCACAUACGGUAGAGUACCGUAUCCAGGCAUGACGAAUCCAGAGGUGAUCAGUAACCUUGACAGGAACUACAGGAUGCCGUGUCCAGAUGUAUGUCCAGAGGAGCUUUAUGAAAUCAUGCUGAAGUGCUGGAAGAAUAGGCCAGAGGACAGGCCCACCUUUGACCACCUACAGGACAUACUCAAUGACUUUUUCAUUGCCACUGAGGGACAGUACGAGAUGCAUCCAUAACGUCAAUGCAGAACCAAUAGAUGAACUGAAAAGGGGAUGCACAAAAACAUAUGGAAUGAUAGGAUGGACUGAACUCCGGACCAAAAUAUGGAUUAUGGGGAAUAUACUAAAGCAACAAUAAUUCAUCCUUGAAUAUCAGUAUUAUUAUUUUUUUUACAUUUACUGUAUGUCAGUUUUGUAAAGGUUUUUUCAGUUUUUUCUUAGAUUUGUUUAAUCUUAUGGGCUUCUUAGGGUAUUUCAUAAUUCUUUAAAGGUGAGUGUGCACUUUUUUCGAUAAGUUACUUUAUUCUAUUACAGAUGUAAGUAUGCAGACAACUGUAAGUGUGACAUUUGUUUGAUUCCCCUGAAAGACUGUGGCUCUGUGCUGCUGUCAGAACAUUGCUCUGUUUGUUUGAGCAUUUGAUAAGCCCAUCCCAGCAUCAUUGGCCUAACCAAUGGUAUGAGAUUGGGGCGGAGCUAUCAGGUUAUCCAACCAAUUGGAAGACUGGGGGAGUGUUUUAUUUAUGCGAUUAAUUUUGAUUAUUUUAUUCACAGAAAUUACACACUUCAACUCUCUGAUAAAGCUUUUGGAAAAUUCAGAGCUAUGACACACAUUGGUUUUUAACAGCGAGUAAACAAGAUCCUCUUAUAUCUUAGUCGGAAAUUUCAAUAAAACCAUGCACAGAUAUUAAACAUUAUUUCUGCACAUUACCUAUGACUCAUUUAACCUCUGAAAUGAACUGACUACACGAUCAGUGAAGUUUCAUGCAGGAAACCAUAAAAUGAAUACAGUCAUUAGUUAGACUUCCUCCUGAGAUAACAGACUGUGAAUGUUCCGUUCAUCAGGAAUAGAUUAAAGAGUUUGAUAACACAGUGAAGGAGUUUGUGAUUAUCUGAUCAUAUACACUACUAUUUAAAACUUUGCAGUUUUAAGUGCAAGUAAGACUUUUUUAUGUUUUUGAAUAACUCUUCUAUACUCACCAAGGCUGCAUUUACAGUAUUUGAUCAAAUAUACAGUAAAAACAGUGAUAUUGUGAAGCAGUAUUACAAUUUCAAAUAACUAUUUCAAUAUAUUUUAAAAUGUAAUUUAUUCAGAUUAUAUAAAUGUACAAAAACAUAUGGAAUGAAAGGAUGGACAAACAUUCUCAUUAAGUUAAAAUGAAGUUUAAAAUGUUUAAAAAGCAAGGGGACUUUAAAACGUUAAGGGAACAUUUUUUAACAUUAUGGGACCAUUAUUUUUUACAUUCCUUUUCUAAACAGUAAAUGUUCUGAAACAAGUAGCUAAACUUAAACCUCCAAAACUUUUCAGAAAAAAAAAAUCCAUGAAUGAAGCUAAUGUCAAACAUUCUGUUAAUGUUAUUUGAACAUUUGUUCAUAACUUUGAGAGAGAACCUUGCCAGAACACUGCCAAAGUUCUGAGAACAUUUCCUCUUUUUUCGCAGUUACAUGAUCCUUCGGAAGUCAUUCUAAUAUGCUGAUUUAGUGCUCAAGUGGCAUUUCUUUUAAUCAAAACAGUUGUUCGGCUUAAAACUUUUGUGGAAACCAUGAUAUAUAUUUUUUCAGAAUUCUUUGAUGAAUAGAAAGUUCAAAAGAACAGCAUUUAGUUUAAAAAUAUAUAUUUUUGUAACAUCAAAAAUGUAUUUACUGUCACUUUUGAUCGAUUUAAUGCAUGUUUGCUGAAUAAAAAAAUAAUAAUAAUAACUUACAGCCCCCAAACAGUUGAACAGUAUAGUGUAUCAGUAUGAGCAAUGUACAAUGUGCUAAUCCUUAGGGCAAGAAAAAUUAAUAAUUUCAUUUUUGCACUUUUUACAUGUUUGCUUAAAAGAAGGUGUUAUUUUAAACUGAUAUUUGAAAUAGCACCCUCUUAAUUUAAAAUGCUUUGAGGCAUGUCUCUCCAAUUUCUCAGUGUAAAGCUCUGGUUCUGGUGGCUCAGAUGAAUAUGAGAAAUGCCCAGCAUUCAUACAGCUCCACUCCCUGCCUUAAACUCACCCCUGGGGCUUUAUAUGUUUGUAGAUAACUGAGUGAGAACGCAACCAACACCCAAGAGCUGCUCCUGUGGUUUCCUGCCUACCAGUCUGCAGCUGAAACAGGAAGCAGUGAGUCAGCAUUCCUCUCAAGAUAAGCACUCUAUGGCUCGGAAUUCCAAACAUGCUGCUGAAAUUUUCUCAGCAUUCAUGCAAAAUCAAAGGUGUCUAUUUAAGCAAAAUAUUUCUGGGAAGUGCAUGCUGAAACCAAGUUUCGAUUCAUCAGUGCUCUCAAGCUGUGUUAAUGAUGCAGGAGGUACUUGCACAAGCUUACUUGAUUUCUGUUCAUAUAUUAAGUAAUGUUCAUUUGAUGGAAUGAUGAUAUUUAACAGAAGCUGAUAAAUUAACUGGCUCAUCA